AAAUGCAGCCGUUGAAGAUUUUUUCAGUUGCUUGCUGCUAGGACCUUCUAGGUUCAACUGUUUAUCGUUAUUUUGUUCCGCUACCCUGUUCAUGGGAAUGAAGUUGAACAGGUCAUUUUCAUAGUCCUAAAAAUAAUAAUAACAAUCAAUAUCAAUUUUGUAACUUAUAUUAUAGGUAUAUUUUAUUUAUAAAUUCAAAUAAUCGAUAUUAGAAGUGUGUUGUAUUGAAUAUAAAUGUGUAACAAUUAUUAAGUUGCAUUCAAUUAAUUAAGUUAUUAUAUAUAGAUCCUACUACUUAAAGAAAAUAACUCACCGACAUAUUUUAUUUUAGGAUAGAGUCUUUUGCGCCCCCGCUCGCUGAUGGAAUUAAACUAAAUUAUUUUUAUUUUUUCGCAUGAUUAUAUCCUUUAUAUAGAAUUUAGAAAAUACUUUGUAAAGGGACAUAAAGUUCAAAUUAGCAUCGAUAUUAUCGGUACUUUAAAACGUGUAAAUGUAAUUCUACACUCUAGACAACACGGCGCUACACCGCUUCGGAUUGCAAUUAAAAAUAAUUUAUUAUAUAUAUCGAAAUCGGUUUUUGUGUAAGUUUGUUCAUCCAUACUAAUAAACUAGCUUGCCCCACCACUUCACUCGUGUAUUUAAUAGUUUUAUUAGAAUAUACAUAACGUAGGUAUAACCUCCUCUUUGAAGACUGUUAAAAAUAAAAAAAGCAAUCGUUCGAGCUUUAUGAGGUAGGUAAAUGGUGACAGAUUUGUACACAUACUAUUACAUUUGCUUACCAACGUAAAGGAGGAGACAAACCCAGGUGUAAUAAGUAUGUAUUAUUUAAUCUGAAUAAGAUCUACAUUUCAGUGUUAUUAAAUUUUAUUACAUUAUAUCUUAUAUGAAGUAGAUAAAAUUGAUAUUGCGUGAUCUCGGUAUGUUGCUAAGUUAUUUUCCAGCAACCUGGGUGGUAGAUCUGACAAAGCAUUUUAGCAAACCCGUGCCCUAUUCCCUAAUUGGUAUACCGUCACGUGGAUGUAGUGCUAUUUAAGAGAUCAUCUGCAGGGACUGGAUCACAACAAUUCUUCAGCUAGAAGCAGUCACAUCCAAAUUUGGAAGUACAUACCAAAGAACCACCAAUCUUCUAAAAUGUCCAAACACACUGCUGACCAUAUUUUCCCUUCGGAGGACAAAUCGUCGGACGGGGUGCAGAUGAAGGUCAAGACAAAGGAGAACAAGAAACGUAAAUCGUCGCCAACGCGCAGCCCCCAGCCGUCUACCAGUAAGAAAGGCAACACAGUUAUUCGCCCCAUCCCUCCUAUUACCAAGUCUACGGCUCGCGAGGUGUUCGGGAGUGACAGCGACGACGACGCGGUAGACGCACCCGCGGAGAAGAAGCCUCCGAUGAUUUACUCCUAUGUCACACGGAGACUGGCCAACGGUUUUUCUCGUCAAAUAGAAGAGAAUAAAAAAGGUGCGUUCUACAUAGAACUUAAAGUAUACAAGUGUGACGAGAUAGAGCGGAUUCAACCCGUGAAUAGGUGGCGUCACUCGGUGAUAACAAUAAAAAAUAAAACUGACGAAAAUUCUGAAUCGUGGAGGCACUUGAAUGAAUUCAUUUUAAGUACUAGGCGGGAGUUCAAACGCUGUACUCCAACGUUUAUAAGUUCAUACCAAUAA